AUGGCAUGGAUGGUCACGACACAACUAUGCUUAUCUCAAAUUCUCACUCUCGAAGAUGGAGCUCCACGGGAUGACCCAACACCUUAUAGAAAACUUGUUGGCUUGCUACAAUAUGUUGAUUUCACAAGACUCAAUAUUUCUUUUGCGGUUAACCGACUCUCACAAUUCAUGCACUCUCCGUCUCAAAUACAUUGGAAAGCUCUCAAGCGAUUAUUUUGGUAUCUUAAAGGUACUUUGUAUCAUGGCUUGUUCUUGAACAAGAAAUCUCCGUUUGAGCUCACGGAUUUUUCCGACUCCGACUGGGGAGGAGUCACCAUAGCGGGACAUUCUACAACAGCCUAUAUUGUGUAUCUUGGAUCAAACAUAACCUCAUGGAAAUCAGCUCGUCAAAAAUCGAUGCCCCGCUCAUCCACCGAAGCGGAGUACAAAUCCAUUGCCGACAUUGCAGCUGAGUUAUCGUGGGUUCAAAACCUUCUUCAGGAACUUGGUUUAUCACUUGAGGCUCCUCCAUGUCUUUACUGUGACAAUACAGGUGUAACGUACCUUUGUGCAAAUCAUGUGUAUCACUCGCGUAUGAAACGUGUCGCCUUAGACUACCACUUUGUACGGGAAAAGUAG